AUGGCAGAAAAGAUUGCCGGCAGCGGAUUAUCGUACGACGAUCUGAUGCAACUGUUUGUCAAACACGGUAGAAAGGCACUAAUCACUGUGUUAUCAAAGCCUCCAACAACAUCCAAAAAGAACAAGCCAAGAGUGACAAAAACCCCGAGAAUCGUAGCCUCCAUUAUACAGCAUUUCGAACGAAUAUAAACAGUUUGAAUGAUUGAGAAAAUUUUAUAAUCAAAAAAGUCGGUAAGUUAACCCACGCGUUUCGUGUCGUUCACGCAUUAUAUAGUAAGCGCACGCGCAGAUCGUGCUCAUGUCGAGUUGAUUUUUUUUCAUCUUCGCGCCUGGUCGCGCCGAAUUUAGGGGCGAAUUUCUCGUGUUUCUUUCGGUGAAUUUUUUUUAAACUUCCUGUAACACUUAUUCAUGAAUAUCUCGAAAACUUAUUUAUAGAUUUCCUUUAAAUUUUGAUUUGUUACUCCUUUGUAGACUUAUAAAUGGUAAAAAAAAUUCAAAAAAAUUAACCGAAGGAAAAUAAAGAUAUUGUCGAUUUAUUGUGAAAUUACACAAUAAAAGCUCAAAAGAUAACAUGACAUAGUUUCCAUGGCUUGUCCAUAUAUGGACAGUACAAAGCUUCUUAACUUCCCUGAAAAUGAUCAUAUUGCCCAGUCUUAAGUAUGUUUAAUGUAAAUUCGGUUGAAAGCGAACGUUACUCAAAAUACCUAGAAUUUUAGAGAACUGUAGGGAGCCACCUUAAGUCAGUCUAUGAUGUUGAGUUAUCUUGUACGUGGUCACUGGUACGGGACUGUCCUUGCCACAGGAAAUAGUUAAGUCAGUUUGUCGUGUUUGUAUAUUUGUCUGUCUCUGUCUGUAAUAUGUUUCUGUCUAUCAUGUAAAGGCUAGUCACCAUUCGGGAGGGUCUUCAGGAUCGGAGCUGACAGGAAUGUUUUCAGUUUGUUUUGCGGGAUUUCGUUUGGAACCUCUGGUUUGGAACUAAAUGAAUUUAAUCAACACGAAUGACGUGGCGUCGUGAAUUUAACACAAUGAAAGAACGCUCUCCCGCCGUUUCUGUUCACCGGGGGAUUUUCCUGUGUGGAAACUGGCCCUUACCUUUACAUGCAUGUUCAACCUGUCUCUUAGUUUACUUUACAUGUUCAGUUUUAGGAAAUAGAGCCACGUUCGAGUUAACUAUUCAGUUUAAUUUUCGCUUGCCGAAAUCCUUUAGCGAGUUUGAGUUCGCGAUGUUCUAUUAGUUAUCAUAAUUACUAUUUUGGAGGUGGGUGCCCUGCAUGGGACCUUUUAUAAGAGUCCAGUUAGUACCUUACCUUUUUGGAUCUACAUAUGAUAUCUAGGUAAUUUUAGCUUAAUUUAAGAGCGGUUGUCUUUAAUAGUCAGGUAAGACGUGUAAAAUGAGAAAAUUCAAAAUCCUUCAAACUUUGUCAGAACGUAGGCCUAUACGAAGUAUUAAUAUUGUGAAAGUUUUAUUUCGAUCGGAUAAAUAUUUAAGGAGAGAGACGUCGAAAUUGGUUUUCCCAGGCAACUUUCGGUUUUUAGAGGUCAUUUUACGGCACUACCAAAAUCGUUCUAUUUUGCACGAUAAUGGGAAUAUUUCAUGAUUUCGUUUUAUAAAUUAGAGUUAUUUAUUUAGUAGCAGACGAAAUUUAGAGACAUUUCUGUUAAAAGUGAAUAUUUUACAGAUUUCUUUAAUCUUUUUUUAUUUUUGAACCUCUUUUUUAUAUGCCAUAUUAGGCAGCGAAUAUCUCCAUUGUUACAUCGAUUCAGACAAAAAAUUCAUAACCAGAUCAAAGAAAUAUGUUUUCGCUUGUUAUUGAUCAAAUAAACUUUUGGGGCAACUUACUGUAGAAUUGAAUUUUUGACGAAUUUUUUCGUAACCCCUAUUUAACCCGAAUAACCGUAUGUUAAUUAAUAUAAUCAGCGUCGAGUCAUGUCGUUCAAUAAAUAACCAAAGAUCUCGUCAAAAGCGUUUAUUUCUUCGAGUGAACAAGCCUAGGCAUAUAAAGCUACCUUAGCUAAAGCUGUGCGAUUGGUUAAAAGCAUUUAGGUCUUAAUCACACUGUUUUAGUCCGGGCGGGGAGUGAGGUAGGUAUCACCUGAGUGGGUAAUUUACGCGACUUGGAUCUUCUAGACCUAUUUUUAACGUAGAAUUCGAAUCCGGAUGUUAUUCAGGCUGACGAGGCUGCUUUUAAGAGUUACAGCCCAAUUUAGCCUCGUUUUCGCGUAAAAACGUUCACCUUCAAAUUACCUUUUAAUAUUUCUAGGAAGACAAGAAAAACAGUUCUACCAGCCCAUAUUUCAAUACAGAAUCCAACUAGAAAUACAUUUCCUACAAAAAACAUAUAUCUGGGACUGUUGGCCAUAUUGGGAAUAUAGUCUCGCUUUAAAUCAUAUAAAUAUCCAUGUAAAUUAAAAUAUAUAGCGUAGUUAGAAACGAAAAUAACUUUUUUGUAUUUGGAACGAGCAUCUAAUCCGAGUUUAACAAUAAAAAUUUCUAAAAAUGGAGAGGGUGUCCUAUGUUAAUUGUCUUUUACAUAAUUUUUAAACCUUUAUAUUUCAGUAAUAUGAAGUAUACACUUUUUCGCGGGCAACAUGGCGGCUAUGUUAAUAGAGAUGGCAUAACAAUGAGUAAACUAAAAUGUGUUAUACACUACAAACAUCUCGGUGAUAAUAAUGAAGAAAUUACAACACUUAAAGGCACAGUUCAGCCUGUUGAACGAUGGUUUUUAAGGCGCAUUUCAGCCCUUUUAAUUGAAAAAACUAACUAGGAAAAUCAAUUAAGCAUAAUUCAAAAUCAGUAAACUCGAUGUUUUUAACAAUAUAAAUGUUUUAAAAUGUUAAAAACAUUAAGUUUGGUGAUCUUGAAUUAUGCUUAAUUGAUUUUCCUAGUUAGUUUUUUCAAUUAAAAGGUCUGAAAUGCGCCUUAAAAACCAUCGUUCAACAGGCUGAACUGUGCCUUUAAUGAAGCUACAUUUAAAAAGUUACAAGAUAGUGCAGAGGCCCGACGUACUUUAGGUGGCGAAUAUAUACACAAAGAACAAAUUGAUAAUUUGCCAGACUCGCUUGAUUCCGAAACGCAUGGUUUUCACCGGGAGUGUUAUCAGAAAUUCACAAAUGCUGUGUCCGUUUUAAAGCGAAAAAAAUCUUCGAAUGAUGUUCCGGACAAGAGGCAACGGAGAUCUGGUCAAAUUGCAUGUAACCUGUUUCCAGAUAUUUGUAUGAAAUGCAAGUCUUCUAAUCCGAUAAUAAUCAAGGGGAAAAACAGUAUCCAAAGAAUAUCACAACGAUUUCUGCAUGUGAAUCGAUAAAACGUGCUGCUCUGCUUCUAGAUGAUAAAGAACUAAUUUUGCUUGUCGCCAACGAAGACCUGUUGCAAGAGAAUUCAAAAUGCAUGAAAAAUGUUAUAGAGAUAUACACGCAUUUGUACAAAACAGAACGCGACGCCUAACAGAAAUUCUGCAUCUACGUCGAGUAAUGACGAAAAUGACGACUGCAAAAAAAGAUUCGAAAGCCUUUGUCAGUUUGUAAGAGAUCGCAUUGUUGAUGGAGGACAAUCUGUGUCGAUAAAACUACUUACUGAAGUGUACGGUCUCGACAAAGAAGAUUGCCGAUUAAGGGGCAAAGUAAAACAAAUGCUGUUUCGAGAGUUCAACGACGAACUGCUCUUUGUUACUGUUUCAAACAAUGAGGCUCAAGUUGUUCUCAGUAAAAAUGUUCUAACUAAUGCAACGAAGGAUAGUUUCAUGACCCAGAAUAAGGACUUUAUUCUGAAAGAAGCCGCAAAAGUUAUCAAAGAUGAUAUCCUCGCGCUAAUUCAGUCUGGUCCCGAACUACCAUGGCCACCGACUGUCAAUAGUCUGCAAUCCGAAGCCAGACUACCUCCAGAAAGCUUACGAGUAUUUCUCACAAAGUUACUACAUUCGACUGAACACGCUCCAGGUGAAGAAGUUUCACGGUACGUAGAAUCAUUUUCUCAGGACCUUAUUCACGCUGUCUCCAAAGGCAAAUUUCUUACCAGAAAACACGUAUUGCAGCCUAGUUCCAGUCGUUCUGAAGCAAGCGCGAGAAAAAACGUGGAUGUAGUACGAGACUGGAACCUAGGUGUGACGUCACCGCUAAAGGUGCUUCAGAACGCCUAGCAGAUUUCAGUAUUGUUAAUAUGGCGGAAAAUUUAUAUCAUACAAAUAACCUUUUAAUACGACAAUGUUCGUUGAUCAUUGUUCGAUGCCUACAUAACCAUAUUCAAACUGUAUUAAAAAUGUGCUCAAUUAAAAAAAAUUAUAUACAAAUUUACGAUACUGAGUCUGAGCAAUGGUGGUAUAAUCGUUGAUGUUAUUUAUAAACUCGUAAGUUGUGAUCAACACUAGACCAUACUGGUAUACACAAAUACGCUUUCUACUUAACAAGUUUAAGUAGCUGAGGAGAUUGGAAAUAUUUGCCUGACAUGACUGUGUUGUCAAAACAUUUUUAUUCGGAGACUCGGCACAAUUUUCAAGCUUCUAGAUAGCAUUUAAUAUGGCUUUAUAUUUUAGUAAACACGAGUCAUAUUUAGCCCGUUAUUCCAUUCUGACCGUAUGGUAGCGAAACGUAGCCUAUUUCAUUGUUUCGACAGCAUUAGAGCAAAACUAAUGACUUAAUUAUAAACCCAAAGGAAAUUUCCAUAAUAUUUUCUAUUUACAAAUGCGGUAUGCUUGGUAACCAGGCCAAGGACCACUUUUUUGAAAUCAGGGACCAUUUUACCGAAAUCUGCUAGGCUCUCUCGCUGAAGCGUUCCGCACAGCACACCCAGGCAUAAAACUUUUAAGACUUAUUUAAAUAUAUCAAAGCAGCGAAUAGAGAGAGAGAGAGAGCCUGGGACUAGGCUGCCUCAGAUGCAUUUCGAAUUCUUAUGUGCUGGAAUCUCCUACGGCAAGCUUACAGUGCUACCAGUCAAACCAUUUCGAGAUUCGUUGGUUGGAUUUGCCUUAUUUUUGGGAAAAUAAAUUGUAAACGCACAAUAAUUGCAUUCUUGCCCCCAAUUCGCAAUCCAAUAACGGACUACAGUACAGUGCUAAAAUGUAUCUUCCAGUCACAGAAGUUGGCAGAAACAUCGAAUAUGACGUACACACACAUAACGAUUGAUGCUGGCGCAGCAGAAAAAUUCUACCACGUUCUAUGGAACAAUCCACAGGAGUUCGAUAAAGUCUUGAUACAUUUGGGUGACUUUCAUGGGCUGAUGGUAUGUUUUUCCAUCAUAGGCAAAAUAGUGCAAGGCAGUGGUUUUGAAGAAGUUGUAUACCAAGCAGGACUCUGUACCUCCGGAGGUAUUAAAGGUAUUUUAUCAGGAAAACAUUACAACCGAAGUUGGAGGAUUCAUGAAUGCUUUGCCGAAGCGAUUGAGAGAUUGUUUUGUGAAACGUUAGUUAAGCGUUGUCCAGAAGAAUUAGCAUCGUCGAUUAAGGGGAUCAUGACAGCAGUUGAUUGCGAAGAAGUUAUGUCAGAAAGAGCGUUUAAAAUGUACGAGGAGGAGUACAUGAAGAAAAAGAUGGAAUGUCGUCACGGUUAUCACGGGAAAACUGCGCAGUUCUGGAUGAUCUACCUGGAUCUCGUUGAAAGGCAACACACACUGCACUUUUCAGUUAACAUGAAUGAUUUUCAGUUGAGGCUUCACUGCUGGAGAGAGUUCUUAUCGCUUUGUUUUUCCACAAACAAACAGAACUAUGCACGUUAUGGCGCAUACUAUUGUCUUCAAUCUGAAAAAUUGAACGAGACCCUCCUAGGUGCAAUGGAAGAGCUGCAGGACAAGAGAUUUUCCGUAUGUCGUAAUAGCUUGGACAUCAGACAAUCCAUUGAUGUUGCUGGUGAGCAAACCUUUAUGAAGAACUCAAAAACUACAGGUACUCUUGUGGUAACAGUUUUCCUUUGUCGUUAUAUUUAAUCCUCGGCCCCUUGAAAAUUGGCAUGAAAAUUUCAAGGUUAUUUAUUCAUUAUAUAGGUGGUAUCAAGAACUUCACAACGCUGGAUAGUGCAUAUACGAGAAAUGGGUUCUCACAAGACCAUUCCAAGCUGAAUAUGUUGACGCACUUUUAAACCAAGCAGGUCUAAACAACCCCCAAAUAAACCUCGAAAGUACCUACGUAAUUCUGCAAUUAUUAAAUCUGAGAACAACGUCAAGGGCAUCGUGAAUGUGUUGAAGAAUGAUUUUAUUGAUCCCUUCGGCGGCGAUUUGGACCACGACAAAUUGUACAACCUUCCAUCUGGUAACUCCGUGAUAGACGACGUAGCCGAAAGCCUUUUGACUGUCCAAGAGCGUGGGACAUUGUUAAGAAACGAUUUCUUUGAGCGACUGAACUCGGAAUGUUCAGUUAAAGAUCAUUUUUUCAGCCCCAUAAAGCGAGUUCAAUGGAAGAGUUUUACGGACGCAAGUAAGAAGCUAAAGGUGUCUGCAAAGGUUAAUCUAGGGAAAUCACUGUUCAGCGGGAUAUUCUUGGACUUCUUGCUGCCAAGUCACAACAACAGAAUGCUCCGAUAAACAUCGAUAAAGCUCUAUGUUACCCGCUGGCACCGGUUCCACUAUCGAUGGCAACAUGUGAUGGAAUCAGAAGAAAAACCGCCAAAAGCAAGCUGUUCAAUGCCGCGUUAACUUCCUUGAUUGAAAAUGAUGCGCAACUUCCUGAAGUUCAACAAAGUUAUAGAAUCUAUAUUCUUGACCUCGCAGCCAUUAUUCGUAGCAUGGUCAAGAUACCAAAUACGUUUAAAGAUCUUGCGUUGCUACUCUUCUCAGAUGUCCCAAGGCAAUAUAACGUUGUCUACGUUGCAUGCGAUACGUACAAGAUUCGAUCAAUAAAGAACAGUGAACGAAGUCUCCGCGGUGAUAGCGACAAAUUUGUUAUUAGAAGUGAAGAUGUGCGUGUACCUGCUGAUUUUAAAAAGUUUCUUGCUAAUGGAGAUAACAAAGAGCGACUGUUCGAGCUUAUCGAAAAGGUGUGGGUUGAUAAUAAGAAUCAUCUGGGAGAAC